AAGAUGGCGACCCCCGUGUUUGUUUUGAGUAUACUCGAGUGAACUUCGUGAUAGAACCACGUGAAGGGAGCGCAGCUACCGGUCAAAAGACAAUAAAAACCACGCUGGGACACAAUAUUCCCAUCUGGAACUAUUAAAGAGUCAAUUAGCCAAUUGUUGAAGACAGCUGAUGUCUAGAUUAGGUGUGGUGUUUGGCGGCUCCCGUGGUAUUGGGCGAGCAGUAGCCCAGCUGUUGGCACAAAGGGGGCAUCGAGUUGUGGUGAUCUCCCGGAACCAGGAAGCAGCACAGGCCACUGCGGACACACUUUCUGGAGCUGAACAUGUGGGUCUCGGUUGUGACAUUUCCAAAGAGCAAGAGGUACAGAGAGCGUUCGAUACCAUCACUAAAACCUGCGGUGCUGUGGGAUACCUUGUCAAUGCAGCAGGCAUUAACAGAGAUGCGUUAUUAAUGAGGUGUAAAUCUGAGGACAUGGUUUCUGUUCUUCACACCAACCUGCUUGGUUCAAUGCUUACCUGUAGGGCAGUGUUACGGAGCAUGCUCAGUAAUGGAGGUGCUAUUGUCAACAUAGGCUCAGUAGUGGGUGUGAAGGGAAACGCUGGUCAGAGUGUGUACAGCGCCAGUAAAGCUGGCCUUGAGGGCUUCACACGCUCUCUGGCUAAAGAGGUCGCUUCUCGAAACAUUCGAGUCAACUUGGUAGCUCCAGGACUCAUUCGGACCGACAUGACAGCAGGGCUGAAGGAAGAAGAGUAUGGAAAGAGGAUUCCACUGGGUCGCUUUGGUGAUCCGCAGGAAGUGGCACACGCUGUUCUAUUCCUCUUGGAGUCUCCCUACAUCACAGGACACGUCCUAUUGGUGGAUGGAGGACUACAACUGACCAUGUGAUUCCUGAUUCCGUUUAGUCCUGCCUGUAAGCCUCUGUUGAUGGGACUAGCUGUAUGGCACAUCUUUCUAGCGAGGAAGCGUUUCAGAAUUGCGUUCAUACAAAGGGAGGAUAUGAAGAACUUAAUUAGUCACAGUUGGAAUUCAAAUUACUGUCUGCCCUCCAGGAAAGUCUUUGUCAAUAUGAUCACAAUUGUCCAUAGCAUUUCAACGAUUCAGUCUGUUUCUGCUUUGUGGCUAUGCUGAAAAUAUAUAAAUUACAUGUGUUCAGUCAACUGUAUCUCCCCACAUGAUUUAAAUGUAUGUUUAAAAACAUGUGCUAACCGCGGUGCAUUCAGUACCAGCACUGCAGCAUCCAGCGAAAUCUAUCGCCAGCCUUCGGGCUACAGGCGUUAACAACCGAGAGGUCUGGAAUUUCUUUCAGAAAUAUUUCCUGUGUAGUGUCUUAUAAAGUCAGUUGUAGGUCAUUUUAGAGCAAACAUAUCUGAAAAGCAUGAGUGUGGCUGAAGGUUUUCAUUCCCAACCAAGCAGGAGACCAAGCAGGAGAAAUGAAAAACUGUAGUCACCUCUGACUGGAGCUUUAAGGAUAAGAUUGUACACCCUUGACUUAGAGAGAUUGUGCAUGCUCCAUGUCUCUGACUCCCUCACAAAAUAAACCUUAUCAAUCACUUUCAGUCAUAAUACACCUUCAUUUUUAACUGCAGUGUACACUGUACUGCCAAAAGUUUGUGGAAACCUGACCAUCACACCCAUAUGUUCUUGUUGAACAUCCAAUUCCAAAACUAUGGCUAUUAAUAUGGAGCUGGUCUUAUCUUUCCUGCUAUAACAGCUUCCACUCUUCUGGAAAGGCUUUCCACUAGAUUGCGUAAGUGAGAUCAUAUAGUGAUGUUGUGUGAGGAGGUCUGGGGGGCAGUCGGUGUUCCAGUUCAUCCCAAAGGUGUUCAGUGGGGUUGAGGUCAGGACUCUGUGCAGGACACUCGAGUUCUUCCACUCCAACCUUAACACACCAUGUCUUAAUGGAGCUCGCAUUGUGCACAGGGCAUCAUCAUGCUGGAACAGGUUUGGGCCUCUUAGUUCCAGUGAAGAGAAAUUGUAAUGUUAGAGCAUAUAAAGACAUUCAAUACAAUUGUGUGCUCCUAACUUUCUGUCACACCAUGGGUGUGCUGGUCGGGUGUGCACAUACUUUUGGUCAUAUUGUGUAGCAUCGAAACCAUCUGUGAAAGCUAUAUACUCAGUGUAAUAAUUGAAUCAUUCAUGUGCUGUAAUAUAUUACAUAUAUUCUUUAACUUAUUUUACGGUAUUCAGCACAGAGCUUGGAAAUGAUUCCCUCGACGUACGCUAAAUUAAAGUCUUCAGAACACUGUGAAGCCACAGAGAUAAAGCAGAGGUAGAAAAAAAAGAACUAGAACAUAGUUGCUUGCGGUGUAAUAGUAACUCUUAUGUUUUAUCCUCCCUUCCCAUGAGAGAAAUUCUGCUCACCCCCUCAUCACAGGCACACAGCUGAGUUGGAUUAAGAGUGGGGCUGCGGUUUAUUUUUAGCUCAUUGAGUGAUUUUCGGGGUUGGGGGGAGGUCGUUUUGUGGCUGUACACUCAUUGUGUCGAAGGAUGAGGUCAGAGGUCAGUGUGUGGAGGAUCUGAAUCGCAGAAUGAUGUCAUCUCUACUCUGCUUGCAGUCAUUGUGAUACCAUACACCCCAACAUAGACAUAUCAGGUCUUACAAGAAUGAGCCUGAAAUCAGCCAAUGCUCAUUUUUACAUAAAUAUAAUGAAACAAAACGAGCCAAAGAAGCAUGGAGAGCGUAAUGGUUCAUCCGGAUACACUUUAAAAUGGCCUAACUAAAGUGCUGCAAUAGGUUGUGUUCAUGAUAGGCAUCAGCGUGGAAUAUAACAAAAACUCUGUAGAUCAUCUUCCUUCCUGCAUAAUGUUUACCCGUGUCACCUGAAACCAAAGUCAGAACGUCCUGUUCAUAUGGAAAAAUAAACAUGUAGUAGAUUUUGACAGGCUCAUCGAAACUAGACAGAGAAAAAAAAAUCCCCUGGUCUUUUUCCAGUCAUCAAUCAGUCCAGUUUGGGUGAGUCUGGGCCCAUGAUAGCUUCAGAUUCAUGUUCUUGGCUGAUUGAAGUGAAACCUGAUGUGGUCUCCUGCUGUUGUAGCUCAUCCAACUCAAGGCUUGAUGUGUUGUGAGUUCUGAAAUGCAUUUCUGCUCAUCACGGUUGUAACGAGUGACUGAGUUACUAUAGACUUCCUGUCAGCUCAGACCAGUGUGGUCUUUCUCCUCUGAUCUCUCUCAAACAACAAGGAGGUGUUUCAGUCUGCAGACCCUCUGCUCACAGGAUGUUUUUCGCAUCAUUCUGUAUAAACCCUAGAGACUGUUGUGAGUGGAAAUUCCCAGUUUCUGAAAUACUCAAACCAGCUCACCUGGCACCAACAUCCAUCCCACAGUUAAAAGUCACAGAGAUCACACUUUUCUCCCCAUUCUGAUGUUUGAUGUGAACAUUAACUGAAGCUCUUGGCCUGUAUCUGCAUGAUGUUUUGCAUUGUGCUGCUGCCACGUGAUUGGCUGAUUAGAGAACUGCAUAAAUGUACAAGUGUUCCUAAUAAAGUGGACAGUGAGCGUAUGUGAUUACAGGAUUUCUCGUCUCAGUUAAACGGUUCAAAAUUACAAGCCGUCAUUCAUUAAUAAAUAAGAAAAUUGCAAAUUAAAGCAAAGUGCUGUGGUAUAAGAGGAAUAAAACAUGUCAGGGUGUGUUGUUACAGGAAAAUAAUCAACAAUCAACAACAAUAAUCAACAACGCGAAGCAGAAUUACCGUUGCUACCCUGGAGUUGAUUAUUUUCCAAUAAGCAGCACAAGUCUGAGUGUUUUAUUCCUUACUUAACAAAAAAAAAAAAAGGCACAUUUACCACAGGCCUAGUAUUUCCAGAGAUUUUUUAUUUAUUUAUUUAUAUUGUUCAUAAACCAAAACAGUCAGAACAUCAUUUCAUAUACAGGCAUGUCAGCUUGGAACUAAAACAAUAAAAUCUUUCAUCAGUCCUUAUGUAUGUAUUGUGUUGAGACAGAAAGAAGAUCAAAAGAAAAGGAAAAAAAAAAAACGAGAAAAAAAAAAGAACUUGAAAGGAGUUGAGUGAGUACAUAUGAAAAAGUCAUAUGUCUAGCUAUAUCUUUGCAAGCUUUACAUUUGUGCAAUCCAGCUACCCUUGACUCUAGUUGACUAAGAUGUUGUAACGUAAUACAAGUACCAGAGUUGAAUAUGUGUGUGUAUAUAUAUAUAUUUAUUUAUAUUAAUACGAAGGAAAAAAAGAUAAAUGUAAAUAAUUCAAAUGGUGGUAAAUAUAUCGAUAAAUAAAGACUGGGCAUAAAGCCAUGAGAAAAUAACUAAUAUAAUUUAAUGUCUGCAUCUGGCUAUAAAUACUCCACUUCACGGUUUUCCCUCUUCCUCAUAUGAAAAAGAACACAGUUGUGUGUAAGUGGUGAAUACGCUUCUGCCGCUGCUAUAACUUGCGCAUGUGUGUUUGUAUGAGCGGAAAAUAUCUUUAGCGUUAUAAUAUCCACUGCAUCAGUAUCACCGGUGUCACUAAUUUCUAUAAUGUAAAUGUUCUUUUUUUU